AGUUACUUUCCUCAAUUAAUCUUGAUAAUGCUGACUUCCUCACGAACAUUCUUCUCGGUUACUUCCCUCAGUCUUUCUAAGAUGACUUGUUUGGGUUCGGUAUCUUCCAGGAGGUGUAUAUCCAGCUCCGCAAGAAGAUUCCCAAGUUGGAGACUGCGAACGCCACUAAUUUACACGCACAGGACGUUCUCUACUGUUACCGAGGCGAAUGAGGGUAUGAUAAUCCGCGGCCGAGGGGAUAUGUCUAUGGAGCCUAUCCCGAUGCCGGGCGCACCGCAGCCAGGGGAGUGUCUCAUCCGAGUCAAGAACGUCGGCAUUUGUGGCUCUGAUGUCCAUUUCUUUGCUAACGGCUCGGUCGGGAGCUACGCCGUGACGUCCCCGAUGGUGAUUGGUCAUGAAGGCGCCGGAGUGGUUGAGCAGGUCGGGGAGGGUGUAACGGAUCUCAAGGUGGGCGAUAGGGUAGCCCUGGAGCCGGCAGUGCCCUGUGGCCAUUGCGAGCUCUGCAGAUCUGGGGAGUACAAUCUGUGUCCUGAGAUUAAGUGUUUCGGCACACCACCCAACAACGGAUGCUUGACGCGAUACGUCCGCCAUCCUGCAUCCUUCUGCUUCAAGCUACCUGAAAAUGUGUCGCUCGAAGAGGGUGUCAUGUGUGAGCCACUAGCCGUAGCGACUUACGCCUGUAAAGAUAGAGCCGAGGUCAAGGAUGGUGAUAAAGUUCUCGUCUUUGGUGAUGGCCCUAUUGGUACGAUGGCGGCUAUGGUAUCAUCCGCCUUGAAGGCUGGUAGAGUUCUAGUGUGCGGCCAUCACGAUGAUAAACUGCAGGAGAUAGUGGAAGCUUGUCCUCAGGCAGAAGUACUCAACGUUAAGGGGAGUGGCGACUACAAUCAAGUCGCUGAGAAGAUUAGGGAUGCUCUAGGAGGUCCGGCCGACUGCUCUGUUGACACUACAGGUGCCCAGGAUGCUGUAUCCUCCUGCAUCAGAGCGACUCAGUCUGGCGGUCGCGUGGCUAUGGUCGGCAUCGGGGCAGUUGAGAUGAAGCUUCCCGUUGUUGAUGCUCUCCUACGUCAAGUUGAUAUCAGAGGCACUUUCAGAUUCUGUAAUACCUAUCCUACGUGUAUUGAUAUGAUCAGCAGUGGUAAGGUAGAUGUUAAGCAGCUCAUUACACAUAGAUACCAUUUCAAUAACGCUGAGAUACUCCAGGCAUUCGAGGACUGCAGGGCUGGCGUUGGUCGUGAUGGCCGUCCCACGAGCAAGUGUAUGAUUAACAUAAAUUGAUUCAUUCUUCCUGUUGUGAGAUGUUCCU